AUGAUGUUAAUUCUGCUGUUUAUAGAACUAAGUCCAGUGGUUCCCGAAUGUGGCUGUGCUGAGCGGCGGUUCCGGCGGAGCCCAAACGUUCCCGGCACUGCAGCUAGUGAGGAAGAGCUCGUGUGGUCCGGACCCUCCAGGAACAGGGACCGGACAGGAGCGACGACAACAGCUGGCGGCUCACAGGCACUUAUCCGAGUUAGUGAAGUUCGCUUCCCCGGACACCUCCUCACCAGAGAAGCGAACCUUCAGAAGCUGCAGGAACUCUGGAGUACCGUCUCCGGUUCCAGGUUCUUCGUUACAGCUCAGGCGCCUCUCCACACACGCACGGCCUCACACUCAUCGAGCCCGGCUCCCAGGCCCGCCUCCGCAAGCGCGGACCCCGAGGGCACGCUGGCCUGCGGCGCCGCGCUCAGGCAACCGUCUGGCGGUGGACACCUCGGCAGGGCAGGGGACGCGGAACCAGGCCUCGUCACCGGACGCGCGGAGGCUGGUGGUGGAAGCGGGCCUCGGGGCGCUGGGGCCUGUCGGCGGCAACCGCCCAGGCUGCAGCUAUCUCGGCUGGAGGCUGCAGCUUCUGGCCUCACCCACCUGGCCCGACGGCAUCAGGGCAAGCAGGAGCAGGCAGAGGGAGACAGGCAGAGAGAUUUCAAGUCGGCAACCACCGUGGAGAGUUCUCACAUCUGCCGAGCUCCAUAUAGUGUGAAGACGGUCUUCCCCUUCAUCUGA